UGUAAUAAGUGUAUUCUGUUUCAGGGAGCAUCAAAAAAUCUCAAUCUGAUGGAAUGGGAUAAACUCUGGAGCAUUAAUAAGAAGAUCAUUGAUCCUGUGUGCCCCCGACAUACUGCUGCCGUUGAAGAAAGGCGUGUGCUGUUGACCCUGAUAAAUGGUCCUGAGGAACCAUUUAGCCGCAUCAUACCUAGGCAUAAGAAAUAUGAGGGUGCUGGGGAGAAGUGUACGACAUACACAAAGAGGAUAUGGAUUGAGCAUGCUGAUGCCGAAUCCAUCUCGGUAGAUGAGGAAAUAACAUUGAUGGAUUGGGGAAAUGCCAUAGUAAAGACAAUAGAGAAGGGCCAAGAUGGGAUCAUCACACAGUUGACAGGGGUUUUGCACCUUGAAGGAUCUGUCAAGACCACAAAGUUGAAGCUUACUUGGCUGCCUGAAACAAGUGAACUAGUUAACCUCACACUGGUGGAGUUUGACUAUCUAAUUACAAAGAAGAAGGUACGUGCUAGUUAACUGAUAGUGUAAGCUUUUUUAAUCAGGAAAUGUAAAUUCAUUCUGGAGUGGCAAUACGAGUAAUCAUCUUCAUAUGAAAUAUUAAAACAUUAGGGUGGAAAAGUUCAGUAACAACCAGAUUGACCAUUGUUUUUUUGAUACUCUCAUUCCAACAAAAUCUUGCACCAAGCGAUUUCUUGGUUAUAAUCUGCUGACAUCAAUGCAGAUGUCAAAGUUUUUCAUAUUUGUGUCCAAAUUUUUAAAACCUUAACAAGUAUACCUUUUCAUUUAUUAACUUGUGAAUCUAGUCCACUGAAACACUGUGUCAUAUGUGCUAACUUGUGGCAGAAUUUUAGUUAUGUGCUUGUGGCUAAAUGGAUAAGCUUGUUUUCUAUAAUCAAGUCGUAUAAACAGUGGUAUCCUAAAUUGUGUUUGAGCAAAAUUGCUUGUAAGUCAUGCACUAAUAUAUAAGUAGGUACUGUUGUAUUUUAUUUCACUUUUGGGUGGACUGACAUAGGAAUUUUAAUAUUUGGGUCCAUAAUGAGCUAGAUCAAUUCUAUAAGUACUUGAGGAAGCCAUGUACUCUCACCCUACAUGUAUAAAUGAAGUUAGCCCAUUAGACUUCAUCAUUAGAGUAAUUAGGGUUGAGAGACUAGUGCCCCUACACACACAACACAACAGGACAAAGGGAGGAAGAUGGCAGACUCAUCUUCUAACAAAGAAGGUAUGUUUUUACAUUCUUUUCAUUUUUGUUCACAUGCU